UAACGUGUGAGCACUUUAAAAUUUAUUAGUUCAAUUCGCAGAAGUGGAUCUGGGGAAUGUUCGUUUUCUUUCAUUUCUAAACAUCCAUGUUUAUCAAGAUGUAUCAACUCAAGCCUACGUCAACUAUAGUCCGUAAACAGUACCGUAGGGUCCAGAUGGCUUCGAGCGGCGAGAGCCUCCCCAACGUAGACGGCGAGAAGGAAGGGCGAGGACACUGGUCACACAAAUGUGACUACCUCUUCACAAUGACGGGCUAUGCUAUCGGGCUUAGCAACGUGUGGAGAUUCCCUUACCUGUGUUAUUUAAAUGGCGGAGGGGCGUUCCUGGUCCCCUACCUAUUGACGCUGGUACUGGUGGGCAUCCCGCUGUUCUUCCUGGAGACGGCCGUCGGGCAGUUUAGUUCCUCCAGCUGCCUUGCCGUCUUCUCCGUCUGCCCGGCUUUCAAAGGUCUUGGUAUGGCAUCCCUCGCUAUCAACUUGGUGACACUAACGUACUACAUCAUUUUAGUCUCGUAUCCCCUGCUGUUCCUCGCCCACUCCUUCAGCUGGGACCUUCCGUGGGCCUCGUGCGGGAACAGCUGGAAUUCGCCCAACUGCACGGCCGAAGGAGAUGUGAAAGACGGUGUGUCUUCAGCCGAUGAAUUCUUUCACCAGAAGAUCCUGCGGGUCUCGUCCGGCAUCGACGACCUCGGCCGCAUUGAGUGGCCGGUUGUUAUCGUGACCUUCGUGGUCUUCGUCUUCCUCUUUUUCUGCGUCUUCAAGGGGAUUAAGAUUCUGGGGAAAGUCGUGUGGUUCACAGCGAUUUUCCCGUUUGUUAUGCUGUUCAUUCUGCUGAUACGUGGGGUCACACUUCCGGGAGCCACGGAUGGAAUCUACUUCUACAUCUAUCCCGAGUUUAACAGACUUAAAGAGAUGAAGGUGUGGGCGGCAGCGGCCAUACAGAUCUUUUAUUCCUUGGGUCCCGGAUGGGGGUCGCUCAUCUGCUUCGGUUCCUACAACAAAUUCAACAAUCGGUGCACGAGGGACGCGCUCAUUGUCCCCGUCCUGAACAGCAGCACCUCCAUCCUGGCGGGAUUCGUCGUCUUCUCAGUGCUCGGCUUCAUGGCCAAGAGAGCUGGCGUUUCUAUUGAAGAACUUGCUGUUGCUGGCCCGUCCUUGGUGUUCGUCGUCUAUCCUGAGGCUUUAUCCCUGAUGCCGGUUUCUCCCUUGUGGUCCGUCCUUUUCUUCCUGAUGUUGUUCUUCCUGGGCAUAGACGCCUGCUUUGCUCAUAUAGAGACUCCAGUACUGUGCAUCUUAGACGAAUUUGCAGAGUUACGUGGUCGCAGAGGCUGGGUCACUUUCUUCAUAUGUUUCAUUUCCUUCUUGGCAACAAUCAUCUUUGGAACGGAUGGUGGGAUAUACUGGGUAACACUGGUUGACUGGUACUGUGCUUCGUUCACCGUUAUUGUUGUUUGUUUGUGCCAGAUAUGCAUAUUCAGCUACUUCUAUGGCGCUGGUCGAACUGUGCAGGACCUUCAGCUGAUGAUUGGACGACGCAUUGGCUACGGCUGGUGGGGCACUUGGCUGGUCGUCACUCCCCUUGUGCUCCUGGGCAUCCUCAUGAACACUGUGCUGAAUCAGUCUGGCGCAGGAUACCGAGGGCAGACCUUCCCGACCUGGGCUCAGAGCACCGGCUGGGUCAUCGCCCUCACCUCCAUCCAAUUCAUUCCAACCUACUUCCUCUACUACUUUUGCUUUAGAACUGCUGGCUCGUUCAAACAGCGGAUCAAGUCCUGCCUGUCCCCGUCGGCCGCCUGGGGCCCAGCCCACCCGAGCCACCGGGAGGAGUGGAUGCAGCACCGCCUCAAGUACCCUCUGCGUCACCGCCUCCUGCAUCCCAACCUCUGUGCAGAGAAUACGUCCCCACCAGAUAUGUUUUUGAAUACCUUGUAAUUUGUCUAUGAUGGGGAAAAAAGAACUCCACACGAAAAUGUCUUUCAUUUAUGAAUAUUUGUUCAUACUGGCCGAAAGUACAAGCAAGUCUGGAAAUGUCCUUCACGCGUUUUUAUUUCUAUUUUAUUUUUUUUCUUCAGAGACACGUACAGCGUUAAAGCAGUUUUACAUAUGGCGAAAAUAACUGUAUUAGAUGUAGGUAGCUCAUUCUUCAACUGAUUAUGGUAAAAUUGUGGUAAAAUUUUUGUGUAAUCGUUGUAUAAUAUGGUUUAAAGAUAUGUUAUUUUUUAUCAAAACUGUGUUAUCAUAAUUUUCUACAUGCAAACUGAGACACUAUUGAACUGCCAAGCAUUCACAUUAUAUACUAUAGUUUCUAUAUACGAAUGCCGUAGAUUGUUCUUUGGAUGUGGAUGGCACCAGUUUUUAUCUUAGUUUACAGAGAACACAUCAUGGCAAGUCUGAUUUGGAAUGCUUAAGAACGAUUUCAUAUAUGCAAUGCAGGAUUAAGGUGCUGUAGAGAAAGUCAAGGUAUUGCGCAAAAUUACCAGUCAUUAGUUGUCAAAUUAUGAAAUAUGCUUCUUUCAUUUUGACCCUAAAAUAUAUCUAGUUUAGGAUACUUAUCACAAAUCAAAAAAAAGAUAAUUGAUAA